AUGACGUUACCGAAGUUCGAAUUCUGCGAUAUGGCAGCGAACCCCACCGGAUGGGGACCACUUGGUAAUCCACCUGCUUUGGAUACUUCGAUUCCGUUCCAGCAGUAUAACAAGUUUUCCGCGCUUGGCUUCUUCGUAGCUGGGGGUUCGUCAUCUAUGGGCUACAACGAACGAAUGUAUGGCUCAGCUGCGAAUGCAGGUAGUCAGUUUGACUACGUUCACGGUAUGGACGAGAACAACUUCCAGCUGGUCGAUUCGUCGAAGCCCGUUCAACGUAAUCCGCAACGCAACUACCGCGCACGUCAAUUGCAAUUCAAGAAAUUGCUGCAGAAAGAUCAGGAAAGGCGUGAGCAGGCGCUACAGGGGCAAAAUCUGAAGAUGAAGCGAAGUAUCGCCAAAGAGCAGCAGCGCGCGUUCAAAAUGUGGCAACGUCGUGGAGGAAAUGCUCGUCAGGGGCAACGUGGUCCUGGAGGACGUUAUCCUGGAGAAAGGCCCAAGGUUGGUUUUUAUUUAGAGUGCGUUCAUACU